AUGAAUCCCCCAGCUCUAGACCCCAAAAUCCAGAAUCCAGAACUGGAGAGCCAGGAUCAGAGAUCCACGACCAGAGAUCUGGAUCCGGAACCCAGGACCAGAGCAGCCCAGGACAACAGCGGCAAGGUGAUGAAGGGCGAGGUGUGCGUGCCCCACUCCCAGCCUUGGCAAGUGGCCCUCUUCGAUCGCAGCCGCUUUAACUGCGGGGCUUCCCUCGUCUCCCCAUACUGGGUGCUGUCUGCAGCUCACUGCCAAACCCGUUGCCCCCAAGCCGGCGAGCCCUGCGUGGUGUCCGGCUGGGGCCUGGUGUCCGCCUACGAGUCUGACACCACGGGGAGCCCAAAGUCACCAGUGAAUCUCCCAGACACCUUGCACUGUGCCAACAUCAGCAUCAUCUCGGACUCGUCCUGUAGCCAGGACUACCCAGGGCACCUGAUGAGCACCAUGGUGUGUGCAGGGGUGGAAGGCGGAGGCACCGACUCCUGUGAGGGUGACUCCGGGGGACCCCUGGUCUGCGGAGGCAUCCUGCAGGGCAUUGUCUCCUGGGGGGACGUCCCCUGCGACACCACCACCAAGCCUGGGGUCUACACCAAAGUGUGCAGAUACUUGGACUGGAUCCGGGACACCAUGAGAAGGAACUGACCUACCUGCC